GUCAAAUUCUAAAAGGAUUCAAAGUGAAGCGCAGAAAAAGGUGUCAUAGUAGUCAGGAACCUGCAGAUAAACUCAGCAGUCACCGGGAAGCAAAGUUUUCAAAGUUGUGAAUCGACGAUUGCAGUGAAAGAAUAUUGUUAUUCGUAGGAUAAUUCGUCAACCAGAUCAGCUGUGGUGGAGUGGAGAUAGAAGCCCAUAGUGUUGCAAAGAUUUGACGGCGAAAAACUAGCGGACGAGCGAAACACAAGCAGUCAAAGCGAACCUGUUCCGUAAAAAGUGAUGGUCUCGAACAAGUCGAUUGAAAACAAUAAACGCGCAUUCAACCAGAUGGCUAAUCGUCAGCGAUUCAAGCAGGGCGUAGGAAAGCAUAAUAAUCAAAUGAAUGAUAUUCGUAGCAUGAGUGCUAUGUUCAACGCAAACCAGCUUGGUGAUAAUCCCGGUUUCAUGGACUUCAACGAUGACUCGAUCACUUCCAACGUUAACGGAGCCGGCAACAGUGCUGGCGGUACCAACGCGAGCAAUGGGGCAGAAGUUGGAAACAAAAACGGUAACGGUGGUCGGAAGAUGAAUCCCAACAUGAGACGCCCCAUGAAAAACGGUGGUCCUGGAAUGCGCCACCGUAUGAAUGGCAUGCCGAGCUGGGGUCCACCGAUGGCCCCACCAAAUAUGUUCCCGGGUCCUCCCGGUCCCGCCGGUCGGCGAGGUCCGAUGAAUCCACCACCGAUACCACCUCAUCCAGCGCAUUUCCGAAAUGCUCAUGGUGGAGGAAUGCGAAUGCGUGGACCCCAGAAUGGUAGGUUUGGCCCUGGACCCCAGGGACCGAUGUCCUUGUUGGCGAUGAACAGACCCCUCCCUGUACCGAUACCUCCACUCGGCGGUCGCCCCAUGCCUCCGCCACACGCCAUGGGUCGUAUGAUGCCUCCACCCUUACGCCAGGGACCGGACGGUCCUGCGAGGAGAAACGCGAACGGAAACUUACAUGCCCGUGGCAUGCAACCAUUCCCUCGGAACGGAAUGUCGGCCAACGGAGCCGCCUUGAAUGUGAAUGGAAAGCGUCCUCGUCCGAAGAAUGUGCAAAACAGAGAAGAAUACCCACUCGAUAAGCCGUGGGUGACAGAGGAAAUUAAAGCCGAGCACGAUAAGAAAGCAGACCUCGCCAAUCGUCUUAAAGGACACCGUGAUGAUGCGUUGUUCGCACAGUUUAAGGAGCAAAGGGAUACAUUUGUAAAAAUGUAUGAAGCAGCUCGUGCCGAAUUUGAGAAGAAAACACCCACGCAGGAUGUAGAAAAAAUGUUGACUGAAACGUCGCCUUGCAAAAAGGUUUGUAGCGAAAGUGUAGACAAAUCAAACGAUGGUGCAAUUUCCGCUGAUAACCUCGCUAAAAACGAUGAAGCUAACUGUAACAGUGCUGCUCCGGUGUCCGAUUCUAUCAAGUCGUCCGUUACUACAGAAAAAGCCACAGAUUCCGUUGCAUCUUCUACUGCCACCACUACUUCUUCUAAUGCUUCUACUACCGACAGCACUGCAACUACGUCUACCGCUCCAGAAGAGCAGACCGUAGUUGUCAAGGAAACAACUGAAACAGCAGCUACCACGGUGUCGUAAAAGCUUGUAGUAUUUAUCUAGAGUAACCGUUAAAAGAAACGAUCCGUUUUUGCGAUUGAUAACCCGAAACCGAAAAGAUCUCGGCAGAAUGUGUUAAAAGAAAACCCAAAAAAAAAACAAAACACUCAGAGCGACGACAUUCAUUUUAGUUAUCAAACAAUACAAAGAUAUUACAAUAACAAAGGAAGCUACACACUUCCGAUCAUACGAGAGCGUUGAUGAGGAGUUUGCGUUCUAUGUUCGCAGGAUAUGCAUAAAUGUAUCAUAUCGUUCGACUGAUAACGGCAACCAUAAUAUAGGGUUCUCCAUUUCAUAGUUUUGAGAAUGUAGGAUAAUAAUUGAACGAUCCGGCCACAUGAAAAACAAAAAAACGAAUAACAGCACGUUAAUGUUCAUGAGUGUAAAGCCACAUCCCCGGCAGCUUUUGGCUACUUUUAAAACCACGAAAUGGACAAUCCUGUUAUUUUUUAAUAAGAAUCGAAUAACUGCGACUUUCAAUUCACAGAGGGCCAACGAAAUGAUCUGCUGCAAAAGAUAUUUUUAGCAUACUGUUAUCCGUGUUGCACAUUACAGAAUGGAACAGAAAGCAUCAUUAGCGGCAAAAUAUCGUAGAUGAAUUUAGAACCCACCAAAUAUAUAAGGCUAUUUCUCGCGUAGGAUUGCAGUGAAAAUCCCCCUGACUAAAACAUUAACUUUUUCCUCUCAUGCAUCAACCCGGAUGUUGAUAUCCUACAGGGCACAUACGAUAGUACCAAUCGAUUGUCCUUAUUGACAUUGCCAGCAGAUAUAUGUAGGGAUUUUAUCAAUAAAAACGUAACGCAUAAAGGACAAAUACUUUAUUGAAUAACCAAAGCUUGCAUCAGAGACAGAUUAUAAUGAAAAUCAAUCGAUAGAGAACAGAGAAGGAACAGAUUAACCGUUGGCGAAAAUGUGACUUUAGUUGUGGGGAUCUGAGUCUUUGCGCACUUAAACUUCAGUCAAACUCGUUGGAAUCUUUUAAUUCACACCGAAAUGCAACAAACCAAAACGCUAACUCGUAACAAUAAAAAUAAUAAGCUAAUGUAUUCGACAGAACGGAAACGGAAACGGAAAUCCUAUAGUUCUAUUAGUAAAAUGAAUAUUCCGAUGUAUUCCGCAAAACAGUUGCAAAACCGAUACAAUAGUGAUACAAAGUUUUGUGCAAUCAAGUAAUUCGUCUGUCAACUUUACAUUUGAAUGCAACCACAUUCGUACCAUCCGUACUUAGUGAAAUGAUAAGUAAUAUGUAAAUGGAAUGUCGCUAUACAACAACACAAAAACCAUAUACGUUGUCGCGCUGUCGUGUUUCGUUGUCCUAUCUAGCAUGUCCUUUAGUGGUUUAGUAUUGUAUUUUGUGUUGCAUUUCUAAUUUAUCUGUAGUUGCAGAAACUGGCCAUUCUGGAAAUAUUCUAGUGGGGUAAGAAUUGCAUCCCCGAUGGACCUUCUUUUACUAUGAGAAACUAAACAGCAUCGUGUUUUCACCCUAUUAAGCCCUAAUCAAUCAAUUUUUUUCUAUAACUGAAAUUGAAUGUUGUCAACUGCGUAAAGAUAGGUUUCGCUUUACUAUUCUGUUUUUCGUGUCGCUCAAGCAGAAAUUGUAUCAUUGUUGUUUAGAAUAAGGGUUUUUAGAAAGAAUAUCAUUAUUAGUAUUUAUUCUCGUUUAACUUCAGUAAUUUUAUUUCUGUAAUUUCGUUUUGCCAUGUAAAGCGCUCCAGCACUACUUCUAGUAGUUCUGUUUUUACGCCAGUAAUGUGGCGCGAAAAGUUUCACUUCACUGAUUCACUUUCAAACAAUUACCACCAAUUAUUUGCGCUCCUCGUUUUUUAGCUUAAACUGGUUGCUUGAAACCAAUAAUGGUUCACUGUAAAUACCACAUACGUAUCCUUUUCGAUGAUCCCUUCAAGUAUACAAAAGGGUGAGAGUUAAUACCAUCGAUCCUUUUCCUCUGUACUGGUUGAGAUGAGGAUAAUACUUAAACCCCACGCUUCGUAGCAUCUGGUAACGGUAUCCGACGGUGCAGCUACAAUUGCAGGGUCACAUUAUGCUGCUGCUGGUAGUAUAAUUACAUAUGAAAUAGUUAAAUUAAACGAAACGAACUUCGCGAGCGCCAAUAGUGUAUCAUCGAUGGAAAUAAAGUGGUAGAUUGUUCGAAUCAUUGUUUACAUCUACUUAAAGUGAAAUCACAUGGAACUGAAAU